CUAAAUUGGCUGGCAAUGUGCACACUCCUUGAAGCUAUUUUGGUAAACAAACAACACCCACCGAGGUGGUGAUGAUGCCGCAUUGAGACGUUUCUCUCGAGCGAACCAGUUUCUCUCGCAGUUUUCUCGAUGAUGCAUUUUCCAGUGAGUUCCACCGCGAAAAGCUUGCGGUAACUCUCCGUUAACAAGCUGGAAGCUUUAAGGAUGCUGCGAGUUUGCCAAAAGCGAGAUUUUACUCUCCCGCUCUCGCUUGGAGAGCUUGACAGGAUCAACACACUCCAGCGUAGACAGCCAGCGUGCUGCACUUUCCCAACCGAUUUUCGCGUAACCGUGCACUGCAUAGUGGCGCUCGGUGAACAGCUGAGGUGGGGACGAUGCGGGGAGACCAGUCGGUGCCACCAGAGAGAGAUCCUGUGGGGAUGCUGUGACUGGCUAUGGCUGUGGGGAAAGUACCAUUUGGCCGUCAGUAUCGGAUGUACUGUUGGUCGUUUCGUACGCGAAGUGGGAAUCGCACGUUGCCUGCCGCGUUCGCUGAAUAUUGUCUGUGAACUACUCUCCUCAAGUUUCGGGGCCCAUGAUUUUGGGUGUGUGUAUCGUUGUUGGUUGGGGACGAAAAGAAGAAGCAAAAACAAGACCCCGGAAUAGGUCGGGGUGAAUUUGAUUGAAGUUUUUAUAGUUGGUUCAUCUCCGCGUGGUUGGCAGUGGUGUGGGACGCUUACAGACGGGGUUCGCCGCGCGUCGUGACUGGCCAUUCAGGGCUUUGCAGUGCAAAUUAUCGUCGUUCGGAAUUCUCGCGUGGAUUUUUGUGUUUGCGCCUGUUUUCUCGUUUUUCGUUAUUGGUGGAAUCGAAAACUGCGAUUGAGUGUGUGAGUGGGGACGGACGUGAAUCAAAGCCUGCACCCUGCGGGGUGGCGUCGUGUACUGUUUGUGAACCCUGGCUAGUUCCGGAUGGGGAUGUUGUCGCUGCCGGACCGGGUGAAGGAGGUGGAAGGAAUGAUACCAAGCGCAUAUCGAAUGUGAGCUGCGGGUUUUCGGAGUACCGAAUAUUGGACGGCAAUGGAAAGUGUACUCUUCCAGUAAGCUAGGCAUUGCUUUGAUGUGUGCAGUACCGGAAGUGGUCGAUGUAUUGAAGUGUUGGCCGUUCACUGAUGGAGGUGUGAAGUAUUGAACGUGACGCUCGACUGCGUUCGCUCGAAAAGUGAUAUCACUCAAUAUCCGAGAGUGGAAAAAAAGUUCAGUGAAGUGGGAAAUAUUGCCAGAAAAAUAGAGAACCCCAGAAAACAAUUUUUGGAAUGUUACCGGAAGGUGAUAGGCUGUCCGUCACGCACGUAUGGUACCCACUCUGAAAGGGCACCUGGCGCCGUGAUUGUGCGAAACCCGAACGUGAAAUCAAAUUAAGUGCGAGAAUUGAUCGAAAAUCGCUUCCCGGAGUGCCGCGUUGCUCCUCUGCUUGGCUCCGGUGGGAAUAACCGGCGGAAAAAGAGAAAAACGAGUGAAGUCAUAAAAACAGAAAACACCAUAACCGGAGGCGCCAACGGUCGUGUAUCCGUAUUUCUCAUCCCCUUCGAAUAAGCUCUUCGCAGCGUGCGGUGGAGUCAGUCUCAGUUGUCACCGGGGGAAGGGUAGAAGUCCGGAACAUCCGGAAAGCAGGAGAUAACGCUGUGGUGUUUGUCAGUGUGUCAACAGAGCUGGCGGAAGAACAGGGGAAAGCCGGAAUCUGUAAGCCAUUCCAGCAGAAGAGGAUAAGUGUCGAUGACGUGCCAACCAGUCAACCAUCCAGCCUAGAGGGCUGUUGAGACCAUCAACGAGUGUGGAGGGCGUCUCGCCAAGCUACUCAUAUAAAUUGGUGCGUGCGUGUAUCUGUGCCAAUGUGCCAAUGUGUGUACGUGUAUCUGAUGUUAAUGUGUAAUUAAAAUUCACACCGGAUAGUUGUGCUGUGUGGUCUCUGACGCAACCGUGCUCCAUUACAGAACCAGCAUUCCAGUCAGACCUUUGGUGAAAAUUCUGUGGCCUCUCGGUGGAUGCUUUGCCCGAUCCCGAUAAAUGCCCGAGGCGCAACCCAUCAACACGGAGCCGCUUUACAGAGGAAAAUAAUCUCAUUAAGGCGGACCAGCACUACCAGAUACCGCAAUCCGGUCGAACAAAUUGAAAACUGUGUGGAAGAAGUCACCUGAAAAUUUCCGCCGGAUGAGCGAGAAAUUUACGACGAAUUCAACUACAAAAAGAACAGGAUUAAUAAGAUUUCCCCUUCGGAAGCGCUCGCACUGCAAGGCCAUCUCUUGCCCACGCUUUGAAGGCGAACAAAAAUCCACUUUUGCACAGUGCCCGAGGACGAACGUGCUCGCAAAGUGUACACAGCAAUCUACGGAAGCGGAAGUAGCCACCGACGACGACGACGACGACGACCGUGUGGAGUGGAGUGGAAAAUGAAAGUGAAUAAAUUUUCCACCCAUCGCAUGAGUGACGCCGGAAAGAAUCACGAGUGCCAGUUGCAGCUUCCGUUACAACAGCAUCAGCAGUUACUUGGUGGCGGUUUUACCAAUAAUGAAGACACGUUUGAUGCCAGGUGGCAACUCGGCGGUGGCCAUUCCAGUUAUUACUUCGUCAUGCGACCCUGCGGGAACAUCUAAGGUGUGAUAAGGUGCAUCGGGGCUGUUUAGAACGCGUGCAAACACCAGUGAUGAAUUGCACCAAAUUAGUUUAGCAAACCAGCAAACUACACCACAGUUUCCUCACCCGGAACAAGCGCACUCGUUAGAGAAAUAGAGAGGAAAAAAUAUAAACUUCCGGUCCUGGGGAUCACAGUGCACACUUAUGAAACCUGCUCGCAUAAAAAAACAGAUUCUGUGACGCCGUACAGCUGGACACUUGGGGCUGCAUUCGCAAACCCACCCAUCCCCAUCGCUCUUAUAACGACAGCGCGAGUGGUCUGUGUGUGACGCAAGAGCGUCAGCAUAAUUGAAAACUCCCACGCGAGCGCGGCGGCGUUGGUUGCAUCCUCGUUGUCAUCAUAAUCGUCAUGAAAGUCGGCAGCGGCGGAGACGACGACAGCGACGUCGCCGGUUAAGUGGUGGAAAAUCAUACCGAAUCAAGAUUCAAAGCACGAACUCCCACGAUCACGAAUGCUGGAAGCUGAAAGGCUGGCUGGGGCAUCGUAGCAAGUGCAUCAGCAGGGGUGUUCUGAGUGGGUGGUGGUGGUGGCGAUAAGAGCGUCGUCGUGGUCCCAUGUGGAACAAUAGAACGGGACAUCUCAUUAAACUUGAGUGAACGGUUGAGCGGUGGCGCGUCGGUGAAAGGGGAGAAGUGGAGUAGGAGGACCACUUUCAGUGUAGGGCGUUGUCCAUAAUUGGACGAAAUACAGUGCUAAAGGGGGGUAGCAGGGAGGGUGGUGAAUGAGAAGCAAUCGGAUCCAUAAAUGAGCAGAUUGUAAUUAUACGCCAGUGAAAAUGUUGGAGAAAUUAACGUUCUAUGUUGGAGUUUACCUACUACUAUUGCACAGCAAGAUUAAAGUUUCCGUAAGCUCGAGCAUGCUGCUGACCACGGAGGAGUCGGCCGGUCUGCAGCCCUACUUCGACUUUGAUGUACAGCGAAAUCUCACUUUCACCGUGGGCCAAACGGGCUUCCUGCACUGCCGUGUGGAACGGCUCGGCGAUAAGGAUGUGGCCUGGAUUAGGAAACGAGAUCUGCAUAUCCUCACGACUGGCUCUUCAACCUACACAUCAGACCAACGAUUUCAGGUGAUACGGCCGGAAAACUCCAUUAAUUGGACGUUACAGAUCAAGUAUCCCCAGGUGCGCGACUCGGGCGUGUACGAGUGCCAGAUCAACACCGAGCCGAAAAUGUCGCUGUCCUACGAGCUGCACGUGAUAGAACUGCGAGCACGGAUACUGGGACCAUCGGACAUAUUUGUGAAAUCUGGCAGCGAAAUCAUCAUGACCUGUGUCAUCCAGCAGGGACCACACGACCUGGCGACGGUGCUCUGGUACAAAGGAAUCACACCGAUAGAAUCCUCCAACCAGGAAAACGUCAUCCACGCAGGUGAAAACAAACGAAUCACCGUCGAAACAGACUGGUCCGAUGGCCUAACAUCCAGGUUAAAGAUAAGACGUGCGGUGCAGAGUGACACCGGCAACUACACGUGUGUGCCGAAUAUGGCCAAAUCAUCCAGUGUGUAUGCACAUGUAAUUAGUGGUGAACAUCCGGCGGCGAUGCAACACAACGCAGCGCCCGGUCGACCGGUCCUAUCGUGCGCCAGUAUUUUAUUGUUUUAUUUGACACUUUUAGUGCAUAUUGUUGUGAGUAAGCAGUUUAAAAUAUGGCACAAUCACGAUCCGAGAUGAAAUUGGCCCAGCGGCGGCUCCCCGGACCGAGCACAACAGCAACAGCAACACUGUCGUCGUAUACAAUCGCGAUCUGGAUCGCGGCCUCACUGCUGGAGGAGGAGGUGGCGGGGACAUCUUCUCCCGGAAGAUUGUGACACGGGCUGCCCUGAUGGAAGCGGAGGGUCGACCUGGUGGAGCUGGUGGUGGUGGAGUAUCAUACCACAAGACAGUGCCAGCGACCACUGGAGGAGGACCGAGCGGAGGAGCUUAUUGGGUGCGAGCGUAAACAGUAAGAAUGUGUAAGGUGGUAUUUCCGGAUCGAAACACAAUCCCACAAACUGAAAUAAGAAAAUCUUCCUCUGUACAAAUUCGGGUGAAUGUUUAUGAACGAGAUUUUUCUUCGAAACGAAACAAAAAGGCAUCUGCGAGAGGCAUCUGGGUAGGAGUACUAGUGCGCUGAGUGCUCGAGAGAAAUAGAAGGUAUGCACGAGAUAGGAAUCGGGUGAACAAAUAGGAGUGCAGUAGAAUAGAAUUGUAGUAAAAAGGCAUCCAAACAAAAAAAAACGAGUUUAGAUACACGAAACAAUCAAAACAGAAUCUAGAUACAUAACGGAAAACCAAAGUGUAGGACAUUCAUUUACUUACGUGCAGUUCCCUGAUUUCGUGUUCGUACAAGGCAAUAUUUUCUGGACGAAUGGUGAAAAAAAAUCAUAUAUUUAUAUGCUACACGCCUUUGGUGGUAUAAAAGCCUAUCGAAAAAAGUAAUAUUUACUAUGAUUUUUUGGUGGAUUGUUUCAGAGAUUACUUCUGAAAGUGAAAUUAUACUUGGAUUCCGAUUGAAAAUUCUAAUACUCAACGGAAAUUUGUAAAUUAUUCCACAAAAUAAGCAAUUGCAAAAAAAAAAAUGGGCGGAAUUGACAACCAGAUAUUCAAAUGGGUGCCACUGAAUUCUGAAGGACAUCUGUAAUCCCCAGAUUUCUGGGGUUUAGUAUCAUCUUUUUAGAGUCAUUCAAGAAUUCUUCAGGAAACCUAUCGAGGACUUAGCUUUGAACACCUUCGGGAAUCUCUUCUUGAAUUUCUAUUGGAAUUCUUCCCAGAGUUUCUCCCGUGAUUCUCUUCGCAUUUUUCUGCACAUUUUGCUAGGAGUAUAUUCUGUUUUCUUUCGAUCACAUUCCUUCAGCAUUUUUUUAGGUUUUUCAGAAAUUUCUUCGGGUUUGUGACAUUUGUUUAGUAUACCAGUUCACAGAAAAAAAUCUUCUAAUAUCACAUCAUUUUCGCCAUCCAUCAGUUGCAUCGUAAAAGUGAUGAACAAAUGCCAUCCUUUCAAUACAGCACAUUAGCUGCCGCCGCUUGAAAGUAGGCCUAGCAAUCUCUGAAAAAUUGUGCAGAAUUUAAAAAAACAUGAAAUUUUUUAAAUUAAUUAGAAUUUCCUUCCAAGUCCUCUCUGAAGCCACCAUAAAAAAGUAACUGCCAACUGCAGAUUUUUUUCUCCGGAAACUGUAAUUUUUAAUGAAACUACUGAAUGUAUUGUAUUCUAAAAUUUUGCUUCUAAAUUUUGGAACUGAUCGAUUGAUUUAGCUACAUUAUAGAUACUUUCAGCCUUUGGCUGGUUCGUCUUUUCUUCACUUUCGAACUUUCAAGUGUGUUGCCACAUUAUGAAAAAGAUGAUGGACCAUGUUGAGUAAUUUAAAGAUAACUUUGUGCUAAUUUAAGUAAUAUUCUUAUCAAUUCCUAAUUAGAGUUGCUGGAUUCUUCUGGUAGAACUACAUUUAAGGUAGAGUUACAUGAAAAAGCUGUUGAGAGCUUCAUUUUGAAUGUAUUACUAUGAAAUUUCAG